CCUUGCAAUCAAAAAUGGCCGCCGCAGUUGUAGUGAUAAAUAUUUAUGAUUUACUUUGAAGAGCGUCUGAGAAAUUAUCGAACCAUCUCUUGAUAAUAAGUCAUUAUUAGACUGUGAGAUGUGGAGAAGGGUGUUGAAUUGAUUAUUCUAACAUAUGGGCAGUAUUCCAGAGCGUUUCCUGGUUUUGUCGAUGAGCAAUGUUAAACGUUACUCAUCAACUCAGAAAGAAGGUAGGUUUCAAAACGUCUCGAUCGAAGAUAUAACCGUAAGAGUUUUGGAGUUAACUAGCGCUAGGCGUUUUGUUUACUCUGUGACCCUUCUAUAUGAUGUCACUCUUGUAGAGAUUAUUUUAACAAGCGGUAUAGUAAAACCCUAUAGAAUCCAGUGCGUCAGGGAAAUUCAUGGCAGAAUUGAUCACAGGUGGCACAGUGCUUGUCAGCGUUUUUAUGCUUUAUUCGAGUUUUAUACGUUCUUAAGGUUGUUAAUCGCCAUUCACUCUCCCGGUGAAGUUUUCUUUUCUCAGAGCAACGAAUUCCUACUGCUCCAUAAACACAUUUAUGACAAAAGAUUAGCGAUCAGUAAGUGUAACAUAGUUGUUACCUUUACUCAACCCACAGCUCUUUCUGGGAGAUUUAGAUGAGAGUCAUCAGUUUCAAGCAAGAAGUCAUUCCCGUUCGGAAACUAACGGAAUGCAAACACAAAGGCUAAGCGAUGAAAGUUCGCCGAAAAACAAAAGAAAAUCUCUUCCGACUGUGCCAUCACCAGAAGAAGAAAAAUCCAUGAAUUUGUCAGUGGCGAGGCAAAGAUCACCUGGACCCAAUUCUUCACAGGUCAAAGCCUAUGGGCCAUAUUUUCUCGAAUACACGUUAAUGGCGGAAUAGUAAGUAACAAUUCUUUGUUUCGUUAAUCUUAUUUUAUCCUUUGAAAAUGUGCACAGCGCGUGACGAUUUGUGUUUUUGCGCGCUCUUAUUUUGAUAAAUUUCAUGGAAGUAUCCUGCGGAACUGAAUUUGCGCAGAUGUUCAUUUUUGCAUAAUUUUACACUUUUGUUUUUCUCCUGGACUCUCUCACUCUCUUGACAUCUUAGAAAUGAGAAAUUAUGUUUGUUGCAUGAGUGAUGCAAAAGAAAUGCGAAAUUAUCAUAUAAAGUUUCCUUUGUUUUAAAAAUUAUCCUUCAGCUUUUAAUAGAAUCAACAGGCUGUGCCAAAAAAAAUACUUUUUUAUACCCACAUCAGAGACAAAGCCUUCAUUAAACUGGAUUGGAUCAACUGAAACAUUAUCCCUACACUUUUGUCAUUUAGUGGAAAACAGGGGGCUAAUCAGAUCCAGUUCAAUUCAGGUUUUGUUGAUGCCUUCACCAAAUUUCUGUAAAAUAAGCCUGUCUUAAACAGAGAUGUCCACAAUUAUUGUUUACUAGGAAAACUAAACAAAAAGAAAUAGAAAAGAAAAGGCAAAAGAAGCGAAGAGAAAAAGUUAUCUUCAGGAUUCACAUCUCACACAAACGCAGAUAAAAUAUAUUAUUAAAGCCUCAUUUUUCAGAAGAAUUAACAAAAACUUUAAAGCCGACACGUGAGGUUUCCAUCAGGUCCAACUUACAAUAACUAUCUGCUGUUUAUUGAAGUAUUUUACAAGACAUAAUGAUUAGUCGAGCUUGCUUAGCAGCAAGACUCUAAAAAUGCAAGCACUUCUUUUUUCGCAUGUGUGAGCUCACCAAAGGUAGGGUCAUGGUCCCAGGCAGUCCUAGCAAAUACUAUGGAAACUGGGGAUAAGAAUCAUGACAUGACUGACUACAUAUUCAGAGUGCAAUGCAUGUUUUGUGAAGAAAGCUUAGAAAAGAUUAAUGAGAAAGAUGUCAAGCUUUUUCAGAACAGAUUGGUCAAUGAAUAAUAUCACUUGAAAGCGUUAAUUACUUUGGAACAAGGGAAUACUUCAGUGGUCGAAAAAAGAAUAAUCUCUAUAAGUAAAACUUCGAUGGUAAGGCUAACUGGUUGGGUGUUGUAAACUUUCGUUGUAUGCGAAAGAGUCUUGUAAAGAGCUUGCGGUUCAUUUUCAGUGAUAACUGAAAUGAUCGAUGCACCGUGUUCAUUAGUAGACAGGCACCACACGUGUAUCCAGGCUUUUGCAUGCUUUGUCAUACAAAAAUUAAAACAGUCAUGUGUUUACUUUAAGCCGUUCAAAUUUCUAACUAUACCAGCUAGAUAUUUGACCUCGAUUUUGGCAUUCAAAUUUUCAAUCGUCCGUUGUCUUAAUUUUUAUGAGGUCAGAGUGGAUCCAUGUGAACACAACACUGUCUUGGUUUGUUUAAACAACUGGCCCGUCAAGUUUUUGAAGUAAAAGAAGCCUUUAACUGACUGUCAGGCUUUUAUGAGAACCUGUUGGGUGUCCAACAUAGUGAGUGUUUUUCGUGCUUUUUCUUGAUAAACCUUCUAUGGCAUGGAUGAAAAUUUUAACGAUGUUGGUAUUAAAAAACAUCAUCAAAGAUAAUUAAGUGUAAGAAGGUCAAAAAUUUUGAAAUGAGUUUAGUUUAAAUUUCUGAAAAGGCAUUCUUGUGUUUCUUGCUAACCCCCACCUGGAAAGCCUGUUAUUAUUCCAUCUCAAUUUCAAGGCUGUGCUCUAAGGAAAAUUGAAGGGAGCCCAGUGCUCUGAACCUGUAAAAUCCAGGGUGCCCAGCAUAUGAUUUGUAUGAAAGAUCUUUGAUUUUCUAGUCACCCAAGAGCAAAAGUUGGGCACCAUGGGCUACAGGGCUCUGCUAGUGCACAGCCCUGAAUUUGUUUUUGACAUUUUACCCAUUUUUGUUUUACCAUAGUGAAAACCUGAGGUACAGCUGAGAUUUUGAUUUUAUUGAAUGCUUACUAGCGUGCAAAGAAAGUAGUGGCUAGUGGAUUUUACUAGUGGGCCAGUGAAUUCUGUUCUUAACUUGCCCAAUGGGCAAAUGAAGUUUUUUGAGGAAAUAUUAAAAUUACAGAAGAACUGUGAAAUCAAUUCUGCUCAUCAAAAAGUUUUUGGGGCUAGUCGAAAUGACGUUUGGGCUAGUAUAUUAUGCUAGCCUCAGCUUGUCCAAAUGGCAAACCAUAAAAAUGACUUUCUUUGCACCCCGCUUACACAGGGUUGUCAGAAAGUUUUGAAGUAGAUGGCUGAGUUGUCAAAGUAAGCAGCCAGUCCAGGGAUAUUUUAUUUCAAAAAUCCCAUCCGUAAAGAAAUGCUGAGCAGAGUAGCCGGCUGAUACUAACCAAGUAGGCAGCGAUUUUCACUGGCAGCCGGCUACUUUUGACAAUCCUGCUUUAAUAUACAAGACUUCUCUUAUAGAUCUAUUCAUUUUCCAACCAAUCCUUUUUCUGUUUUAUUAUAAUUAUUAUUAUUACUUUUGUAUUUCCACAAAUUAAAUCAGAGCAACACAAUCAAGAUGAGUUUUGUCCGAUUAAGGACACUCAUGGAGCAUAAUUUUUUUAUAUACUAGUUAUGUUUAUGAAUAUCAUGAGUUUUUUUGACAUACAAUUGUAAUAUAUCAUCUUUGACAACUUGAUCUUUGCAGUAAUCAGCUUAGAAGUCAAAGGCUACCAGGAGUUUAUGUUCUUCCAGCGGCCAAGUCCCCUCUAAGUGAGUAUUAUGUUUUUAAGAAAUUGUGCUGAAAAUUUUAAGUCAAGUUAGCAAAGAUAUCAAAGGUUUAGUAUGUUUCGAAUAGGGUUGUCAAAAGUAGCCAGCUGCCAGCAAAAAUCGCCACCCACUUGGCUAGUAUCGGCUGGCUACUCUGCUGAGCAUUUCUUUAUGGAUGGCAUUUUUUAAAUAAAAUAUCCCUGGACUGGCCACUUACUUUGACAACUCGGCCAUCUACUUCAAAGCUUUUUGACAACCCCGAUUCUAGCAUUAAUAAGAAAUCUUGGUGUGAAGAUUAUGAGUGAAGAAGAAUGGUGGGGUCCAACUCUAGGUGUCUGUUUUAAGAGAGAGCUGAUGGUGAAUGGCCAUAAUAGGCUUCCUGUACAUAAAACACUCAUAAAUACAGCACUUAAUAUAACUCAGACAGAGCAAUACAGCACAUACAUACAUAGUUACAUACAUACUUUAUUUGAUAAAGCAGUUUGAAUAAAUGGCAGCUAUUGCUGAUGUGGACCUGCUAUCUACUUUACACUAUAUGUAAUGAACUAAAAAUAUAUCCUAAUAUAAACAAUUAUAAAUACAAAUAAUAAAUAAAUAAAUAGAUAAGCUUAAGAUGACUAUGUAAAAAUAAAUACAUAAGUAUCAAUUAAGUUAAAUUAGACAAUGCAAAUGAACAAUAAAAGGAUGACUAGUCAAAAUGACUAGUAAUAAACUAGAUGUCAAUAUUAUAUAAAUUUAAUUCAUUACUAUUAUUAUUGGUUGCAGUAGGGUUCCUGCCGAAAGUGCUUUGGUCAAUGCAUUUAGAGAAUUUCUUAAUGUUAGCCUUGAAUGAAGAGUAACUAGGCUUGGACUUUACUCUUCAUUCAAGGCUAACAUUAAGAAAUUCUCUAAGCAAUAUGAAAUUCCAAAGUGCAGUUUUACAGCUAUUUCAAAUCAUUUUAAUCCAAGGUAAAAGGGCAAAGUUAAAACAAAAAAGGAAAAAGUUGAAUAGUUAAACAUGCAUCUUUUACAAUCUUAUGUGCAGGAUUUUGCUUAAUCAUCUAUGCUCCAGAGUUCAAGUUCACUGGCAAAUAGUGUGAAAUUAAUGUUUUAGAGUCUUUGUUAUUCAUACUGACUCUGGUUUUAUCACUUUUUUGAUUGUGUUCUAAUGAUUUCUUUUGUUUUAGUUUCAAACUAAGGUGAAAAAAAGAAAUUGUCAUAGCUUUUUUUUGCUCAUUUUUUUCUAGCAUUUAGCAAAAUGUGAGAAUGCUUAUUUGGCACUGAGUCCUCAACAAUAGGUUGAGCAGCAACUAGGGCUACCUGGGGGUGGGAGACUGGUACAAAAUGUAAACAUGUGAUCCUUUAUUUAAAGAUUCAGGUGAUGCUUUCUGUUGUUGCUACAUGUAUUCAACAACAACAGCAACAACCAACUACAUGUAACCAUUUUAUUUGCCAAACGUUUACAAAAAAACAGAAUAAAUUAAAACAGAUCAGGUAAAAAGUACUCAGAAUAGCAAAAAAACUAAACGAGCUGAGUAGGUACAAUAAUUAAUUACAUCCUAUAGGUUUGUGACACAUGAAAGAUAAACAGGAAAAUAACUUAAAUUUAGAAUAAUUUAAUAACAGUACUAAAUAAUAAAUAAAUUCAUACUACUACGUGAGAAAUUUCUGCAAUUUGAUUGGCUUAGAGCAGUGGUAUUUGAUCUUAAUUUGAAAUACGUACACGUGAAAAUUACAAACCUCUUGGGGGUAGUAAUAGCAUGAUUUGUAUGUGAAAUUUGGCAUAAAUACCACUCAUGCUAUUUCAAAGUUGUCUCAAACUUUAUUUGCUUAAGGUGGCUCCGUAAUUAAUACAAGAGCAUUUGGCUGUGACAAAUUUACCGUCAUAACUUUUUCGAUUUGAAAGAACAACAGAUAUCAUUCGAUGGCUGCGAAAUUUUGCCAAUUCACCGAGAACAACAGAUAUCAUUUGAUUGACAGAAAAUCACGCCAGUAAGUUUAAAAAUAUUCCAGAUUUCAUUGAUGGUAAAUAUUUCUUUCGCAAACAACAGAAUGGCUUAAAUGGAACCGCUAAAAGUUUGACCUGUUUCCUUAAAAGGACCCUACUGUUCAAAAUUUGUUUGUCAUAAAUAAACUUCGAAAAUCGCGUCUAGUAAAAAAUUUUGCUGAUAUUUUUUACUGAAAUUUCUGGUAUCGGCUUCAAUUGAUGUAAUAAAUAUGCCAGAGGAAUUUCAGAAAAAUCGUUGGAGCAGGACUCCCGAACUCAAAGUCGCUCAAAAUUCAGCUGUGAAAUUGUUUUGGAAUUUCAAAAAUAAAUUACCGGUACUAUCAGGAAGAAGGCGACACCAGUUUCAAUUUUCGGGACAAGUAAAUUCAGUGUUUACUAAUUCAGAAAACAGAAGCCGAUUGCCUAUUGUGCUAUUCUUUAGAAGAUAUUUUUCAGUUUUAGAAGCACUAUGAAUUGCUCCAAACCUUGCUCUGAUGUCGAAUGACUUGUUCCUCGACAUUUGUAAAAUAUCCCUUGGCAGUUUUGGUUCAAACUCGUGCUACAGACAUUUUGAUGUAUUGCAAUGCGUCCUCAAUGGCUUUUCCUGCCGUACGUUGUUUCCAAUUCAGGAAAAAGGUUUUGGGAUUGUAAGCUACCUUGUAUCGAAGCUCAGACAGAACUGUCAAGCACCUUUGUUUAUGACCAGAAAAUGAGCACGAGCGGCAGCUCUGCAAGUAAUUCGCACCUCAGCCAGGGGGGACAAAUGACAAUAUUUUAGCAAAAACUACAAAACUGGCAGAGCCGCCAAGGGGUCGCCAUAAGCGCAUGACAACCGCUGACCUUAUUCAGGAUUUAAUAGCAAAUGUUUCUUCUGUUUUCAGUCUGGUAUGGUGUAAUUUUUAUCAGGAUGGGUUCCUAUCAGGAUGGUAUUUUUAAGUUUGUUAUGAAGAUUCCAGAAAAUUUCCCAGAUGGUGACUGCCCUGUAAGUUAUGUAUUUAAACAAUAAUAUUACAGGUCAAGUGUGCUCCAAUAGGUUCCUUUUAUGUAUUGAUUGUUUGGAAAAUGAAUCCACGAGUAGUUGCCGCAACCCGUAUCAAAUUCAAAUCUGCAUUUCCUACAUGCAGAAUGAUCAGUACAUUUUUUACUACAUCCUCUCAGUAUUCAUUCACAUUGAAAAAUCCUUGCAGAUGGAUAAAAUAUUAUGAAGAAAUUUUUGUCAAAGCUUAAGGAAACCAAGCAGGCAGAAAUUUAAGAACCUCUUUGCAUGUGAAUUCACCGCUCAAGAAUGCAGGGAUGAAUCUGAAAUUUCAAAUAAUAGAUUCAAUAAUGAAAUCCUGGGCGGUUCACUUGACCUGGCUUGACUGUACUACACAGAUUUGGUUAUUCAAUGGUACCAUGUUACUCUUGGCCUUUGCCAAUGUUAUUUUAAUAAUUUAUUGUUAUACAGCUUUGCCUUGAUUUAAAUCUAGCCUGGUUUACCUUCAAUAACAUCUUAUUUUGAUAUUUUUCAUUCCAGAGUGUUAUAUUUAAACCCCCUGUGUUUCAUCCUGUGAUUAAUAUGGAGACAGGAGAGUUGGAUGUCAAAAGAAAUUUUCCAAAAUGGAGGUAAGAAUUAUGACUUAAAAAACAGCACCAUCUAAUCAGAUUAUGCUUUUUAUUCUUCAUUUUAUCUUGGACAUUUCCCUUGAAUUUAAUCCCAAGAGUACCUAUAAUUAAAAAAUCCAUGCAAAAGCACUAUUAACAAGCUUUCAUAUAUUCACUGAGUUUGUCACCAAACUCAAAACGAAGAUUAAUGUUAUGUUUCUGUUCAUCUUCCCAUCUUUGAGAACACUAUUUGAAUGUAUUUGUGUCUUCUGGUGAAAUGCUUGAUUCUUCCUACAAAUAGCCUUCUGUGUGCUUCUGAACCAUAAGGAGAAUUUGUUAUUAAAUCGGGUGUCACCAAGGUCCUUAUUGUGCACAAGCAUGAUGUAAUAUUGUACAGUUUGGCUCAUGCAAAGAAUGCUUUGUUACAGUUAUGAACCUCACCAUGAGACAAGAGAAUAUAACAAUCAAACUCAUUUCAAUGUUGGAAACAAAUUCGCCCCAAAAAGUGCAUAGAUGGUUUUCACAGAGACGUUGUCAAAUUGUAAAGUCAAAAUAGCGGGGCUUUACGAAUUCUUAUUAAUUUUACACUAGGUUAAAGAUAAACAAAAAGUGAAUCUUUUUACAAGUUUCCAUUCCCGUAGCACAUUUCAUUUAAAAAAUACAGCAAUUUGAACUUCUGAGUUUUCACAGUGCGUGACACCAAAAUAAGAAUGCUCUCUGAAAAAAGUCUCUCCUCUUGAUUUUCAGCAGUAUAACCAUUUCAAGUAUUAGAUAAUAUUUUUAUACGUAUGUAUGCUAGUUUUCGAGUGAAAAGAAAGAGCUUAAUAAAAAAAAUAUAGAAAAAGUGAACUCCAGAUGUUUUUAUUGAUUUCUGGUGCCCAUAUUGGUGCACCAAAAUGGUACACCAAAUGAUAUGGCAUCUCGAUACAAAGCUCUACAUGUUUUGGAAAAGAACUCAGAAACUGUGGGCCACGAAGACCUGAUCUGUUGCGUGACAGUGAAAACGAUCUAUAAGCUGUGUUCAUGUGAGAUAGAAAGUAACGUCUCUAGUCUCAAUUAAGGCCCACGUUAACCUUGCAGGCAUUGUGUGUCAAGAAAAUUUUUGUUUUAUUUGAUUAUUUCGAAAUUCAGGCAAUCCAAUUUUAUCACCAACAAUCAGAUGACAACACUGGAAAAUGAAAACUUCUCACAAAAUGUCAACUUCAGAGUCAGAAAGCCUGUUAGUCCUUAAAUGAACAAAUUAUUCCUUUUUUUUAUUCAUUUUUUUUUUUUUCAGGAGAAAUAUAAAUCACUUGUGUCAAGUGCUACUCUAUGCUAGGAGAAUAUUUUAUAAAAUUGACAUGAAAAAUCCCUUAAAUCCUGAAGCUGCUCACUUGUAAGUUUCUAUAAUACAUGUAUUUUUAACUACUAUUAAAACUAAAAUGAAAUUCAUUUACUUGUUACUUGCAAACUCACUGAGUAAAUCUAAAACACCAGAAAUACCCUAUGUAGGAAUGGUGAUAGUGUGGUGACCAAUCACAAGAAAGAUCAGUCAUGACACAUGAGCAAACAACAAAAUUUUGAAUUAAUUAAGGCUGGAACACACUAGGCCACAUGUCAGUGCAAACGCAUUGCCGCCACAAGUCACUCCUUGUGUGCGGGUGAGGUGAGAAAAUGUGCAACAAUUUGCAGCAACAAAUCGCUUGAUUUUUGCAACUUGUUUUUCCACAAAUUUCCAUUGCAUAGACAAAGAUUUUCACAAACAUUUUGCCAGUACACACAAAGCACUUUGUCACUGUGACAUGUCACCGCAACGUGUUGCUGCAAAUUGUCUCCUAGUGUGUUCAGACCUGGCUUUAUUAUUGCUGUUUGUAGUUUUGUUUUUCUAUGCCUGAUGAACUGUUUUAUCACAAACACAGAAGUAGUUGUGGUGUUGAUGGUACUCUGAGUUUCACAGUAAAUCUGAAAUUCAUGUCUUGGACAUGUUAUAACCUACAUGCUUCUUCUAACUACAAACAUAUUUCCAUGUGGAAUUCAACUUUCCUCAAGUUACAUUACACUACACAGUUUUAAAUCGUGUUGGACUACAUGAUAGUACAUUGAACUGGAUUGUUCAAGAGUAGGUCAGGAUCACAUUGCAUUGCAUUGCACAGGGUACUGCACUGUAUUGAAUUGUGUUGAAUUUCAUGGCAAUACAUUAAAUUGGAUUACUUUAGACUGGUUCAGCACUGCAUUGCACGGCAUAUACCCUGCGAGCAGAGGCUACAUUUUCGCUGUGUGAGCUGGCAUUCGAAAAGUAGCCUCUGCCAACAACUGUUCAAAUCUGUCCAGAAAUCUGGACGAAUAAAUUAAAAAAACGGGUUUUGUCCUGUUCGUGAUUGGUUUAGAACAUUGCCUGAGUCUUGCGUAACAGAUCAGAGUUGUUGCAAUUUUUUUACUCCCGCAAAACUCGCGCCAUUUGACGACAGACCUGACGAUUAAUUUUGCUUAGGAUUCGCGUGACGUAUUUCGCACAUGCAUGAUAGAAAAUUGAACGGUUGUCAGCAGAGGCUACUUUGCACACACCAGCUCACACAGCGGAUUUAGCCUCUGCUCACAGGGUACACUGUUAUUGAUUUUGUGUUGGAUUGCGUGAUAGAGCGGUUUUCACUUGACUGUCGAAAGGGAUUGGUUUUGGUUUUGGUUUUGGUUUUACUACGCCCUUUGGUUGGCUAGUGUAUUUACUUUGGUUUUGGUUUUACGACAGUCAAGUGAAAACCGCUCUAUUACAUUGAACUGGAUUGCUUAAGAGGGGUUUACCGUAGCACCAAAUUGCAUUGCACUGCAUACUGUACUGUACUGUACUAAAUUGUGGGAUCGCAUGCACAUAACACUACAGUGAGCUAGAUGGCUUUAGAUUGGGUCAGCAUUGCAUUACAUUGCAGUACAUACUGAACUUUAUUGAAUCUUGUUGAAUUGCAUGACAAUACACUGAACUACAUGUAGAUUGCUUUUAACUGGGUCAGAUUGCACUGUGCUUAUUAUGUUUGAUUGCAUGGCAGCACAUUGGGUUAAUGUAUUAGAUUGGGUCAGGCUUCAUUGCUUUGCAUAGCAUUGUACUGCUACUGUAAAACUGUGUUUUUUCUCUGUUCAAUCCACAGAUAUGAAAAUGAUAGGGAUGCCUUUAAACAGAAAGUAAACAUUUCAUUAAGGACAUGUCUGAAUGAGCUUCAUUUACCACUAGCAGAUGAUCCUCAUGCUAUUAGGUGAGGUCAAGAUGCUUUUUAAAAAUCCUUAAUGUGUACGAACUAUGCUAGCUUGCAUAGCUGGCAGUUUGUGUGUGUGUGUGUGUGUGUGUGUUUGUUUUUCUUUUAAGUUUCGUAAAGUAAGAGAUACUGGUGGUUUGGUCUACCUUUCACGCAUCAAACAUCUUUCAUAUCAUGUGUUCUAUGGGUGGGUUACAGUAAGCUCAUAAUGAACUGGUAGUGGCUGCCAGUUGCGCCCUUGUAUGCUGACGCCCAAGCUUACUGUUAACAUGCUAAUAUGUAGAGUGCCCAUCUUGUUGUCCUCAAAUCCACGACAUUACAUUACAUUACGUUACGUUACAUUACAUUACAUUACAUUACCACAAAACUUUUGUAGCACUGAAUUUCCUUAUUUCUGCUCUGGAUGUCCUUUGUUUACACAGUGCAUUUUCUGGAAAUUGAAAUUGUCAAGUGGAAUGUGUUUUUGAUUUUUUCCAAAAAUCUUAUUUACAACUAACCAUAUGACUUUUCUCAGCAUACAAUAUUAGCCUACAAAGUGGAAAAAGCACUUGUAAAGCAUAAAUUUCACUUUCGCUACCCUCCUAUUCUUUGAAAAACUUUGCUCGUGCUUAGUUGCUUAUUCCAAUUUGUACUUAAAUUAUCUGAUACAGGUCACUCUUCCACAGGUCAGAGUACAGGUCACCAUGAUACAGAUAAAUGAACAGCAUUCAAAGUGUCUCCUAGCCCUAAUCUCUUAACAAAAUGCUGUGUUCAGCGUGUAAACAAAGUCGUGUCCAAUAGCCCGCGGCUAGUGGAUUUUGCUAUUGGGCUAGUUAUUUUUGUUCUUAACUUGCUCGACAGGUAAGUGCUGUUUUGAGGGGAAAUUCAAAUUACAGAAGGAUUGUAAUCAAUCGUGCUAAUCAAAAAGGGUUUGGGGACUAGUUGAAAUUACUUUUAGGCUAGUACAUACUAGCUACAGCUUGCCCAAAUGGCAGGCUGUAAAACUGACUUUCUUUGCACCCUGCUAUUAGAUCGAGGGGAGACUGUGUGGUUUGGUAAUUUAUCGAUGGAGCAGUGAUCUGUACUCUUGACCUGUAGAAUGUGACCUGUACUUUAGACCCAGCCCUGACUUGCUUAGUUGUUGUUGUUAUCAUUUUUUUACUUGUCAUAACUGUCUCUUUUACCAUGGUUUUUUUUCUUUUUUUUCAGAUUUGUUGAACUUAGCCCAGAUCAACAUGAUGAAUAUAAAACCCAAAUGAUCAAUAAUCAGGUAAAGUGGAUGACUUAAUUUGCUCCAGGGAGUACUAAACAUGACAGGAAAGCAAAGUUGCAGCUUGCUUUAUAGAGAAGACAAGUGAUGACAUCACCGAAACUCAAUUUGUGAAAUGAUUGGAUUGGUUGGCAUAUCCAGAAAGAACAAGAUGAAAAAUGGUCACUUGCCAAAAAUGAGCCUGUUAGAGCAAAUUGGUGGGGAGAUAUUAUUCAUAUAAGAACUGGUAUGCUUAGAUAACUCCAUAAUUAUUAUAAAUCCUUCUAAAAUUGGUAUCGAUCGUUAACAUUACGAUCCAAACCAAUAUUAGAAGGAUUUGUGUGGAGUCAUCAGCCGCCAAUUUGCACUAACAGGCUGAUUUUUGUUCUUUCUGAAUAUGCUAACCAAUCCCAUAAUUUCACAAAUUUGAAUUUAGCGACGUGACUUCUCUAUUCUCUAUAAAACUUGGACUUCAUUAAAUAUGGCAUCAGUUUUGGCAGAAAGCUGAAUCCAGAUUUGAGCCCAGUAUCGAGCAUACACAUCACUUAGUGUCUAUUUGAAGCGAAAAUUAUUUUGUGAUGUGUUGAGUGGAAUUAAAUUGACGAUUUUAUGAGCGCUCAAAGUUAACCUUUAUUUUGCCCGGAAAAUAGUUUUCGGAUUGCUCGGCCAAAAUCCUUCGUGAUUUUGAACUGAUUGUUUGCAUCGAGAAUUACUCAAAACAAGUAUGGCGAGAUUAAAAUGAGAAGCGUCGGAGAGGACGAUACUGUUUGAAUUGUAGAUACAUCAUGUAAGUUGCGUUUGAGUUAUAUUUUGGAAUUUUUUGCUUCAGUCAGUUAUCAUAAUGUCUGGAAUAGUGCGGUAUUCAUGACAUAUUCAGAGUCAAAGUGUUCUUAUGACGGCCGUUGACAAAACCUGGAUAGGAUCCGAUCGGAUCAACUCCUAUAAUCCUCUCCCUUUAAACCUUUUGUCAUUUUAAUGGUGAUUUCCAACACUUGAUCCAAUCCGGUCUGAUCCAGGUUUUGUCCACGCCUUCUUAUGACAUUACCCCGGGGUUCAAACCAGGGUCGAAAGAGAUGCUCGUUCCAGUCUUAUUCCGCAUCACCCAUCACUUGAACAGCGGAGGCUCGUUUCAUCGCCCGACCUUUAUCCGCCCUGGUUCAAACCAUUUACGGUUCAGUCAGGCACGUUAAUUUUCUCCAUCUCGGUGCCUUUAGUUUAUUUUAUAGAAUGAAUGAAUUACAGAAUGAAUUAUAUGAAAGUAAACGUGAUCUUCGCAGUCGAAUGAACAACCUAAGCGGUUGAAAAAGAACCUGAAAAAAUUCAGGCUUGACCGGGAAUCAAGCCAACUGUAGAGCGAGUCAUUGUACGUUCGUAAUAUACCUGAUGGUAACGAACUUACAAUGACCUGCUCUCCAGUUGGCUUGAUUAGCUCAAUGGAUAGAGCAUUACGUCCGGCCAUCCCAAAAGUCAUGGUUCGAUUCCCAAUCAAGCCUGAAUUUUUUCAGGUUCUCUUUCAACCCCUUAGGUUGUUCAUUCUACCGCAAGGAUCAUGUUCACUUUGAUUUCUUUAUCCGCAGCUCAAAAAUUGAUCCAUUUCAUAUAUUUCAAUUCAGAAUCAAUUAUAUUAAAAAUAUAUGAGAUUCGGCUUUUGUGAUAUUCGGAAUAAUCUGGGUCAAGGUAAGUGUCAUCAGCCAAAGCCGAUACUAAGACCUUGAUUAUUCCGAUUUUGCCUCCACUGCACAACCGAACACACAAAACAACACUUGAAGGCAUGGUCGCGUUGGUCAGCCAGGCCCAUGAAACACUUUAUUAACUCACGUGAAAAACUCCACUGUUACAGUAAUUCUAAGAACACGCCACAGCCGGACUCGUAAAACCGAAAAAACCAACUAUUGGAAAAAUAGGGACCGUGUAACCCCAACCUAUGCUACGGCGUCGCCUUUGGGGUUAAAAGGCAAAACUAAUAAAAUAAAGCCUAAUAACAUGAAUACGAGCAGAAAACGAGAUGCUACAUAAAAUAGCUAAGGAACAUAGGGACCAGUACAGAUGGGAACGAAAUUAAGGCUAACAGAAUAAGCGAAAACUGAACUAAACAAAGCAAGUUGAUGCGGCGAGGCCGACCGUAGAAUGACACGCAUAACUAAACGGUCGCUAAAUCAAACCCCCUAACCGCGAUCCCUCGCGCGCUACACUCGAACCCAUUUCUCCGUUCCGUGCAAGCCAAAUAGUAAUUUAUGUCAAUUCUAAUUUACAAAAAUUACAUGAUAUCACAAAAGCCGAAUAAUUAAACAUGACGAAAAUAACGGCAAACGCACCGUCGCACGGAACACGGUUUGACAUCGCUCUUGUUAAUCCUGCAUUACGCUCGCAUCCUACAGAUUAGUCAUUUGUCUGCCAGCAGAUAGCUACCUAAUCUGUAGAUUGCGGUGAUUCCCCAAAUUAACUAUAGGCUCGUAGCCAUUAAGAAGACUGAUAGAGAGUACAAUGUAUGAUGUUUUAUUAUUAUUUCACAGAGUAAACCAGAGAGUCUUCCAACUGCUAAUGCACAUAAAUCAGGAUUAUCAUGGAUGAAGAAAGGAUCCAAUCAGAUUUUUAGCAAACAAGAAAGCUAGCACGUCAUAUUUUACAUGCAUGAGUCACGUGAUCCAUUCUGUCAAGUAAAGUGAAAGAGUAUUUCAGAACUUUUUAAAACCUUUGUAAAUUAAGAAAUAAUCGUUGCGAAAACAUCCUGUAAGCUUGACCUCAAUCAAACGAGAAAAAUUCGCAGAAAUCAAGAAACGUUUGUAAAGUUAAGGCCAAUUAUUUCAUUGCUGGUCCAGUUCAAAAUUUGAUGCUUGGCCAGUUCCCCGCUAGCCUGUUCUGGGCGUUCAGUUUGUGGGGACGGUGAAAGAGAUGUGAACAGGAAAAACAGCGAGGGGGUGGGAUAGGUGGUGAGAGCGAGUUCUCUCCCUCCCCUCCCCCUGCUCUCCCCAUCUACCUCUCUUCCUCCUUGUUUUUUCCCGCUCUCUGACUUCGCAUCACACUCUACUAUCUAAACGCCUGGAUCAGGCUAGUAUCCUGUUGAUUUACUUAAGUUUUCUGGAUUUUGUUUGAGAACGUGACAUGAGUCACAUUCAGGACAGGCAGUUUUACAGAAAAGUGUUUUCCCUGGUGAAUAACAUCUUUCAACCUUCCCUCUUUUUGAAUAGGACCCUUCAUGUACUUGAAUGUACUUCAUGUUCAUGCGUCAAAUUAAAUUUCCUUAUGUGCGGAGCAUUAAUAUACGUGACUAUAUUCGUUUAAUUGAGAUAGUGAAAAUACCUUGACUUUUACCAAAUAUUUUGUAUUUUCUUGUUCAUGUUUUCUCUUCCCUGUAAACGAAAUCCCCCGAACGAGGCGCCUGAUCGCGAUUACCUUACAGGCAAACUGGCGAGGAAGGGGUAAGAGGUGAGGAGUAGGUGUAGGCGAUGCGUCCCGUUCCUACCCCCCUAAGUACUUUCUCGUUCAACCUCAAGCGAGCUUGCUUGCAGGCCUUUGCAAACAAGAGAAUACUUUAUAGGCUGUUGGCAUGCAAAAAGUUUUUGAAUUUUUUUAGGCCUUGUAUACUAUAGUCACUUGGUUGACUCUUGUAGAACCACUCUUUCUAACAGACUGAGUGAUUGCUGUAUUGAGAUGCUGUCUGGAGUGACAAUAACUGUGAUUACCUUCAACUUUGAAUAAGCUAAGGUGAUCUCAAUACUGUUAAGGACUCCAUUGAAACUCUCAGAAUUCAAGUCUAGCUCGAGUAAAUAACUAGUGUUGAUAAUUUAGUUCCCUUUUGAAGGGCAUUGAAGAAAUGUACGGUACAAUUCAACAACAACAUCUUUAUUUAUCGCAAGAGUCAGUACAUCCACAUACACACGUGCCUACAUUUAGCGAAUGGUAGUCGAGGCAGGCAAGAAUCUUCAAGACUUCAAUUACAUAUAUAUUUUAAAGUGAAUUUCAUUUAUAGUCAAAUCGAAUAAAGGAAAGUUUGUUUACUCAUCAGCUUGACAUAUUCAACUAAUCAGAAUAGCGUAACCUUGCUUUCUCGGUUUGCCCUCAUGAAACCUUUUCUUUGAUUAUACCGUUGAUUUGGUGCGUGCUUUCCUCUGGUCUCUUACUCAACUGUUUAGUGGUCUUUCUUAUCACGCAACGCUGCUUCCCAAAGAGGAGAGGAGCGUUGCGUGACGAGACGUAAGAAACUGUAUGCUCGAGCUUGAUAUCUCUUUUGGAAUUUAAGUGACUUUUUUUCUCUAAAGCACUGUCAACAGCUUGGUUUUUCUAGCCAAAAGAAUGUCCCAAAAUCGCGGUCAAAUUUUCGUAAUUUUUCUGCAAACGAAAAUGCCCUCUUAGAAUUCCACUUUAUUUAAUUCUGAAGGAAAAAGAAACUGGAGAUUUAUUGAGAUUUCAAUUAAGAAUGGAAAGAAUUGUAAAAAAUGAAUUUUGUGUGCCUUUAUUAAAGUAUUCCAUCCUCUUUCCCAUAAAUGUUUUUAGUACACCUCGUUUUUCGAUGA